UUUCAUAAAGCCAAAUUUCAGUGAUGUAAAACAAUCUAAAAAUGCCCUCUAUUUAUCUCUCUAUGAAUCUGUCAGCUGAACGAGAGAUCGUUUAUGAAUAUUUGUCGCAAAAUGUUCGAUGUUUAGAUAAAUGUUGGAAUUAUAAUGAACGAUUUGAAAACUACUGUAUCUGAAGAAAAUACUUUAUCUGCUAAAGGAUACAAAUUACUUAAGUUCGUCGGCGAAGGAGCAUACGCUAAGGUGUAUUUGACUGAGUAUAUAGGAAAAGAAGAAAAUAGUAAAAUUACUCUUGCGUGUAAAAUUAUUGAAACAUUGAAAGCUCCCAAGGACUUCGUUGUUAAAUUCUUGCCGCGUGAAAUCGACGUUCUUAUUCGAUUAAAUCAUCCGCAUUUGAUUCAUAUUCAUAGCAUAUUUCAAAGAAAAACAAAAUAUUACAUAUUUAUGCGAUAUAGCGAAAAUGGCGAUCUUCUUGGGUACAUUUUAAAGAACGGUUGCGUUUCGGAAAAUCAAUCGAGAGUUUGGCUCCGGCAGUUGGCUUUGGGUUUACAAUACCUCCACGAAUUAGAAGUCAGUCACCGAGACAUCAAAUGUGAGAAUGUUUUAUUAACUGCCAACUUUAAUGUGAAACUAUCUGAUUUUGGGUUUUCAAGGUUUUGCGUGGACGAAGAAGACCAACCAAUAUUGAGUGAGACAUAUUGCGGUUCGAUGUCCUACGCGGCACCAGAAAUACUACGCGGCAAGCCGUAUUUGCCUAAGCCAACAGAUUUAUGGUCUUUAGGGGUUGUGUUGUUUGUGAUGCUAAAUAAAUCGAUGCCCUUCGAUGACACACGUAUGCGAAAACUUUACGAGCAACAGAUGGGAAAAAAGUAUAGAUUCAGAUCACGUGUUGCAAGUGUCCUCUCUUUGGAGUGUAAGGCGGUAGUGAAGCAUUUGCUCGAACCAGAUCCGGGAUUGAGACAUUCGGCGAACCAAAUUCUUAACUCGGAUUGGAUUGCUAUGGACAGUAGACUUACUUCUCUAAACGCAGUUGAAGCAGCUGCUCUUCAAAGAGCUAGAGAGGAAAGACAAAGAUUUACAGAUAUCCAUAAAAGUCCACCAAAAAGGCAGGGCGAUAUUUUGGAACGACAACAUAGGGAGUCUACAAAUAGGCUCAACAUAGUGGACGAUUUAAAAUUAUCUGGCUCUGAACAAUUGACACUUGCUACCCGCGGCUAUAAAAUGAUAAAGAAGGUGAAUGAGGGAUCAUAUGCUAAGGUUUACCUCGCAGAAUACAGAAAUCCCAAUAAAAACGAUAAACUAACGGUAUUGGCAUGUAAAGUGAUCGAUACUAAUACAGCUCCAAAAGAUUUUGUUAAGAAAUUUCUUCCAAGAGAGAUAGAAAUGCUGAUAAAGCUUAACCACCCACAUCUCGUUCACACUCACAGUAUUUUUCAAAGGAGAUUUAAAUAUUUCAUAUUCAUGAGGUACAUGGAGCACGGAGAUUUACUUGAACAUAUAUUGCAAAAAGGAGCAGUUCAAGAAGACCAGGCCAGAAUAUGGACACGUCAGCUGGCCCUCGCCAUACAAUACAUGCACGAGCUAGAAAUAGCACAUAGAGAUAUCAAAUGUGAGAACGUACUCUUGACUGCCAACCAAAAUGCCAAGCUUUCUGAUUUUGGUUUUGCUCGCAUAUGUGUUGAUAAAAGACUGAAGGAUAUUCAUAGUGACACAUUUUGUGGUUCUUUGUCUUACACGGCGCCCGAGAUCCUGCAGGGUUCUCCAUAUUAUCCGAAGCCAACGGACAUUUGGUCACUCGGUAUUGUAAUUUAUGUAAUGUUAAAUAGAGCUAUGCCUUUCGAGGAUAAACAUAUAAAGCAAUUGUAUCAAGCUCAGAUAAACAAGAAUUGGAGAUUUCGAUCACGGUUUAUUGAUACUCUGUCGGAUAAUUGUAAGCGACUUGUUACACUGAUGUUGGAACCUAAUUACCGAAAUAGGAUCAAAAUUGAAAGCAUCCUCAACAGCGAAUGGAUUGCGAUGGACUCUAGGUUACUAGAAUGGUCACCUCAAGAAACAAUGGCGUAUAACAAAGCUCGAGAAGAAAAAAAUAGUUUAGUAAAAAAACUGGAAGUCCAGGAACAUCUCACGGAUCCUCUUCCAGAGACAUCUAUUGUCAGGACGAAUUGUGAAUCUGUUGGUUCCUCUUCAACUUGGUAA